CGGGUAACUGCAGAAUUCCGAACUCGGAUACCCCUCCCACGCUUAACCUCGAGCAUACCCCUCAGUCCGUCUUCUACACGCGAGACAGGUGAACUCAAACACACUGCUUGCGUAGACAAUCUGCUUUGUCGGUAAUGUGGAGUUUGGUUCUGAGCCAGUAAUAACGAAACCAGGAAUUACGACCUUGUAAGGCUGCUAACUUUACGAAUCACAUCAGUGUAUUGAAAAUGGCAGACACACAUACAGCUGAAACAGCAUGGCACACGUUGGAGCACUACCGAAGAUCAAUCGCUUCAUUACGACGCAUGACGCCUCUGGCAAAGCAAUCUUCUCGACUGCUCUCGAGGACGAGUCGAGCAUGAAGCCGCUCCCGGACAACAUGGCCUUUGCCCUAUCUUACACCACAGAAGGGUUUCCCGUGGAUCUCAAUGACGACAAAGACAUCAAGACGUACGAGAAGUACCUAAAAAACCCGCCCGGUCUGACCGUCAGCGGAGGCACGGUGCUGCGGCACGUCGACUUCCCACCGACGAACACGCCCGUGAUGCACAGGACCGUCAGCUUGGAUUACGGCGUCGUGCUCGAGGGCGAAAUCAUCUGCGUGCUAGAUUCUGGAGAAACUCGCCACCUGAAGCGCGGAGACGUGUGCAUACAGCGGGGCACGAUGCACGCAUGGAGGAACCCAAGCGACACCGAAUGGUGUCGUAUGCUGUUCGUCUUGCAACCGUGCAAGCCACUGCAGAUCGGCAACGCAACGCUAGGCGAAGAUCUGGGUAAUGCGGUUGGCAUCCCAAGCUCCAAAUAAGCAUCCAAAGCUUAAACUUUGGACCAAAAAACCUCCAUUCGUGAUUAAAGAGGUUGCACGGAUGACGCACUGAACGUCUGUUGGCGAGACAAGGUUUUCGACCUUUCCGCUAAUGCUCGCAGUUGGGCCGGAGAAUAGAUGCGAGGGAAGAUGGUGAAAUCUACGAUGUUGCGCUUGGUCGUACGGUGAUACCUAGUUCUGAACAGCGCUUGGAGCAGUGCGUUGUCAACGCAAAGGGCGAAAUGCAAACAGUUGGUGUGCG